AUGAUGCUACGGCAGAGCUUUACCAUGGAGAAUAUCUGUGCUUUCUCUGCGGUGCAGAGCGCCGGGGAGGCAGAAUCCGUCAGCACCUUCCAAGAAGCCCUCUUGCCGUCGCCAUUCCUCCAGGCGGCAGCGCUGGGCGGCAGUGACGUCGUCCUGGGCGGCGGUGUUUGUCGUGGCCCUGGGCCUGCUGACGUGGACUCUGCACCUUUACCCUGCCACCCACCGCCUGCUCUCUCCGCCCUCUGCUUCUGGCUCUACCCGCUCCUCUCCUCGCAAGCUACAGCAGGUUGUAAUAGCCUCUUAAGUUCCUCAAGCUCUACCCUCUCCUCUCCUCUUGGGCUGCAACCGUUCGUCUUUCUCCCUCUCUUCCGUCCUCUCCUUCCACUCCUUCCUCACACUCCCCUCCCUCCCCAUAACCCUCUUCUCCCUCCGCCAUCCCCGUCUUUUUCCGCUCCCUCGGUUUUAUACCCCUCUCCCUCUCGCUCCCUUCUCUCUCUCCUCACUCCGUCCUCCCUCCUCUCCUCUUCUUCCUGUCCUCCUCUUCCUCCCCCUUGCUUCUCUCCCUUCCCCUUUGCUUCUCUCCCUUCCCCUUUGCUUCUCUCCCUGACCGCCAUCCUUCCCCCUGUUGCUUCCCUGUUUCCAAGUUUUCUUCUCGUUAUCGACUCGUUUCCUUCUCUUCCUGCGCUUCUCUCCCUUAAUAUGCCUUCUCCCCCUGUCCUCUCUUCCAUCGUGCCACGUGGCAAGCCAGGGCAGCAAUUGGUGGGAGGAAGCAGGGAAGGACGCAAGGAGGAAGAGGAGCAGGCAGACAGAGAAGCAGUGCGUGUGGGAGAGGAUGGGGGCAUGGGGCAAAGGCAAGGAGUGGCUGGGGACAAUGGGGUAGAGGAUGGGGAAGAGAGAGGGGGCAAUGGGGUUGAUAGAGGGGUGGAGAAAGAAGAGAGGCAGCAGCGGUGCGGAGAAGAGGGGCGGGAGAAUGAGAAACUGCUAGGGCAGGGAGAGGGAGUGAUACAUGGGGAAGGAGGAGGAGAGGGUUGGAGAAAUGGGUCCCCAUCGGAGCAGGGAAAGGGCGAAAAGGAAGAGCUUCAGCGUGAUGUGAUGGAGGCACUUGAGAUGCUGAAGCUGAAUCUAAGAUCGUUGGAGGAGAACAUUGAGACAGUGCUGCACACUGAAAGCAGGUGA